GCCUUCUUAGUUGUGUAAGCGUUUCUUUCAGACCCCAUCAACACCCGAAAAUUAUGUGAGAAUUUAACAUCGAUAAAUCGGAAUUUCACAAUAAUUCUACGAAGACUGAAGACUAAAAUGCAAAAUAUAGUUACUACAGAAAACAGAAUCUAUCAGACUCUCUUUUUAGAUGAUGAAUGGUACAGCAUAUCAAUCGGGUGAUGAGAAUUCGAUUAAGAUCAUCGUCAGCUUUUUAGAUCUUCCUGACGAUGUGUUGUUUUCAAUCUUUAGACGGCUGGACCUGACAUCCUUGUCUGUUUUAUGUCGGGUGUGUCACAAAUUGAACGAUUUGCUGAACAGUGAUUACACGUGGAUGUUCUUUGCAGAGAACUUCAACGUUCUACGCUCUAUUAACGAUAACGUAUUUUCCUUGAAAGAGAAGUGCAGGAUUUCUCAGAACAGGGAAAAUGGAACGUACUACGAAUCACUUCUUACUAAUUUUUCAGGAAGACAGUUGCCAUGGGUACAAUAUCAUGAUGGGAAGGUAUUAGUGUCAUCAAAGAAUGUGAUUCAGACCUUUAACCCAGUCAGAGGCAAGAGGUGGAAAGUCAACAAAACUAACAGUCUCUAUAAACUACAGAGGGAUGUAACCAAGUUUGUGAUAAAAGAAGAAAGGAUAGUCAGUGGAUGUCUGGAUGGCAGCAUCCAUGUAUGGGAGUCCAAUGGUGCCCACACUGUGGUGACGAAUGCUCAUUCUAUGGACACCCAGGCAGUGGAUUGUCACAAAAGCAUCGUGGUAUCAGGCUCAAGGGACGCAACUGUGAAGGUUUUUGGAUUACAAUCGGAUGGGCACAGUGGCAUCGCUGGGGUGGAGGAGAAAUGCUGUCUUCCUGUAGGGGAUAGAGUAUGGACUCUCUCCUUGUCGCCAUGUGGCAGUUUUUGUGCAUGUGGAACAGCAUUUUGUGAAGGAGAUGCACCUAUUUCUAUACUGGAUUUGAAUAAACAGUGUGCAGUUUGUACUUUGGGCAGUGAAUACAAGGUCGGUGCGGGAGUUCUUGACAUGCAGUAUGAGAAUGAACAUAUACUGCUGACAUGUGGCUAUGACACAUUUGUACGCAUGUGGGACCUCAGAAUCAAUAAAUGUGUCUGUGCUUGGGAGCAAAAGUUUGACUGUGCCUACUACUGCCUUCGAUCAGACGGUCACAGGAACAUCUUCGCUGGAACAUCUCGGCAUGGAUCGAUUGACCUCUGGGACAAACGACAUGCUAAAUCCCCUGUACAGGCCUUCUACAUAGGCUAUAAGAACAGCCCAGUGUACUCGCUGACCUUCGACAGCAACAGACUUUAUGCAGCUCUUGAUGUACAAGUCAAGUUUCUUGACUUCAGCAGAUAUAAGUAAAACUGUGAUAAAUCCUAUUGUAUCAUGUUACUGAUAGGAAUCGUACUUGUCUUUCUCUUGGCUCCAAAUGCUGAAAAAUUAGUAAUUAUUUAUUUUAUAAUCCAUAUAUUCCACUGAAAGUGUACUUCAAUGAAAAUGCACUGUCAGACUGUUAAUGAUGUUUGUCAGUAAAGGUUACAACUAUGAAACAUUUGAUUUCAUGUUUUACAUUAAAUAGUUUGUAGCCAUAUGGUUGGUUUUGAACACUAAAUUAUUUAAUGGCUCGAUAAAGCGUUACAUGUGAAAUAUUAUUUCACCAUCAAAAAAGUGAUACAGGCUUUCAAUUAUUUUAUAUGAAAUUUUGGUGUUUUUUUCCUUGGAAUAAUAAAAAUGAUGUUUUGUUUUCAAAUAAGAGAUUUUAAAAUCCAAAUUUUGCUAUGAUGUGUUGCACGAUAUAAAUAUUUAAUAAAAUAUGCCAAAAAGA